UUCGAGCUACAAGGAAAAAAAAAACAAACACAAUAAGAACCGGAAGGUCGUCACCUUUUCUUCAAUAAUGUUUGGAAGGGAGAAAGUCAUAAAGUUGUAGUUUGAAGGAAGAAGCUCAAAUCCCAAGUUGACAUGUCCGCCUUCACCUGGAGCGCGGUGGUCCUCACCUGCCAGCACAAGGACAGCGUCUACGCCUUCCACCGAGAGUUGCAGCUGCGUCAGCGGGGCGGAAGCCUGGGUGCCGGUACGAUGCUGCUGACCGUGCAGGACCGCCAGGAACCUCUGGGCAGCGGGGGGGCCACGCUCAACGCGCUCCUGGUGGCAGCGGAGCACCUGAGCGCCCGCGCCGGACACACAGUGGUGACGGCGGACGUUUUGGAUGAAGCUCACAUCCUCAUCCUCCACACGGGUCGCGACUUCCCGUGGAGUUCGUGCAGCCGAGCCUUCUCGUGGCUUCCCGCGGAGAAUCCCGCCACCGCCACCGCGCUGGGGGUCGAGGCCCCCGUCUGCUGCUUGGAUGCGCUCGUCCGCUGCCUCACGCAACAGGUUUGUCCCGGUUCCCCUCCCGGCGUGUGGGUGUGCAGCACCGACAUGAUGUUCAGCAUCCCCGACAACUUCGCCUUGUCGUGGGACGGCUUCUCGGGCGUCCUCGCCGUGGCGCUGCCCGGCGACGUGUCCUACGCCGCCGAUCACGGCGUCUACUUGAGCGACCGAGCGGGUCACAUCCGGGACAUCAUCUACAAGGGGAGCCGCGAGCAGAUUCGGCAGGCCCUGAUGCAUGAUGGGAAAGUGCCUCUGGUGUCGGGCCCGGUGUUCUUCAGCAGCUCGGCGGCCGAGAAACUUCUCCAGACGCACGUGACGCCGCCUCUGGACGGGUGCACCUAUUUGGGUCUGGACUCCGGAGCGCCGCCCCUCCGGCUGUCUCUGUUCCUGGACGUCCUCAAGUGUCUGUGCCGCGACGAGAGCGAGGAGGACCCGGCGGGCUCCGGCGCCCCCGCAUUCGGCCCGCAGGGGGCGACGUUGCGGCGUGGCAGGAUGGAGCUGCGGCGAAUCCUGAGAGGGACCCCCCUCACCUUGGCGUACGUCCCGGGCGGUCGCUACGACUACAUGACUCUGUCCGGGAAGCGCCACGUCCUCCGUCUGACCUCCGACCCCACCCGAGGACACGCCCUCUCCCACAUCCAGGUGGCCGGCGCCGUGAGCGCAGGAGCACGGGUCAUCAACAGCGUUCUGGAGGGGAUCGUGACCGUGGCGACCGGGGCUGUGGUGCAGCACUGCCAUCUGCAGGGUCCCCUGCGCGUCCCGUCCGGUUGUUUGCUGUCGGGCCUCGAGGCGUCCACGUCCCCGGACGUCAGACGGCUGGUGCUGGGCGAUGACCUCAUCGUCCAGGGACAUCGGAUCGAGCUGGGGGACCUGAAGCUGACGGUCUACACUGCGAUGGGAGGACUGGACGACCUGGAGCUGAGUUGCGACGCCGAAGGCGCCUCCUUCCUCAACGUGCCCUGGCGCGUCAUCUUCAGCAGGACCGGCAUCCGGCCAGAGGACCUGUGGGCGCCGGGAGAAGGGGGCUCCCUGCUGGAGGCGCGUCUCUUCCCCGCCCUGCGCCCCCGAGGCGGUGGCGUGGGUGUGGCGGGGGGCGUGGCCUGGCUGCUGGGAGGAACCGGCAGCGUCCGGCAUUGGCGGGAGGCGUGGCGACUUUCCCUGAAGGAGGUCCUGGCGCUCACGCACCAGGAGGCGGAGCUCCGGUGGAGGGAGACCUUGCUGUUCCUGGCGGGCAGGAAGCGGACGAGAGACGCUCUGACGCGGCGAAGCGACGUCUGCGUGCUACCCAGCUUUAGGGCCGCCGUCCUGGCCGGGCAGCAGGGGGCGCUGCUAGACCUGCUGGACACCAUCGCAGCAGGAAGUGGAGGGGAGCAGGGGGAGGAGCCACGCAGUGAGCAGUCACGUGACGACGGCGAUGUCAACGCGCCAGUCAGCGAGGAAGCCCAGACGGGCGUGUCGGCCCGCUGCCUGUCGUGCAUCGCCGACGUGUUGACGUGCUGGGCCGAGGCCGAGGGGGGCGGCGGACUCAGGAGCGGUCCGUCGGCCAACGAGAACUGGAGCGCCGCCUACUUCCUGUUGGAAAAGGGAGACGUGAAAGGCGGAGUCGAGGCCCUGGCGGCGCAGCGAGCUCAUUGGCUGAGCAGGCCCGACCUGCUGGUGCGGGCGGCGCGCCACUACGAGGGCGCCGCCCAGGUGCUGCUACGCCGGGCUGUGAUGUCAUCGCAGACGUUUGCGGACGUUGGCCGGGGGCAACUCCCCCCGCUUGAGCAGUGGCACGAAGUGGAGUGUCCCGCCAGAAUCGAUCUUGCCGGCGGCUGGAGCGACACGCCGCCCUUGGCCUUCGAGUACGGCGGCUGCGUGACCAACGUGGCGGUGAAGAUUGACGGCCGGCGGCCCAUUGGCGCCCGUGCGCGACGCAUAAAAGAGCCCCGCCUCCUGUUGGUCAGCCGCAGCGGUGGGGAGGAUUCUGCCAUUGUGACCGAGACGCUGUGCGAGACCCUGGACCACCUCAGGGACUACUGCCAGCCCAACGCGCCCGGUGCUCUGCUGAAGGCGGCGUGCGUGUGCGCCGACGUGGCGUCGCCAUCCUCCCAAGAUCCUUUGGGGCGUCAGCUGACGGCUCGCUGGAGCGGAGGUCUGGAGCUCCACGGCUGGUCCGCGCUGCCCACCGGCUCGGGACUCGGUACCAGCAGCAUUCUGGCGGGGGCGCUGCUGGCGGCGAUCUACGCGGCCACGGGGCGAUCGUACACGGGCGACGCGCUGGUACACGCCGUACUGCACCUGGAACAAGUCCUCACCACAGGGGGCGGUUGGCAGGACCAGGUGGGGGGCCUGGAGGGCGGCCUCAAGGUGGGUCGGUCCCGAGCGCGUCUGCCGCUGCGGGUGGCCGUGGAACGGCUGCGGCCCCCGGACGGCUUCACGGAGGCCCUGGAGCAGCGCCUCCUGCUGGUCUACACCGGGAAGACCAGACUGGCCCGCAACCUGCUGCAGGAUGUGGUGCGCAGCUGGUACAGUCGUCUUCCUGCGAUGGUUCGCAACCUUCAAGGGCUGGUGUCCAACGCCGAGGACUGCGCACGGGCCUGUCUUGACGGUUGCUUGACUUCGUUGGGUCGCUGCCUGGAUCGAUCCUGGCGCCACAAGAAGCGGAUGGCGCCGGGUUGCGAGCCGGCGUCGGUGCGCGUGAUGAUGGAGGCGCUGGGCCCGCUGGUCCUGGGUCAGAGCCUGGCCGGCGCCGGCGGCGGCGGCUUCCUCUGCCUGCUCACCCGCCGACCGGCGCAGAAAGACGCCGUCCUUCAGGUCCUCGCGCGCACGCCGGGUCUGGGAGACUACAGCGUCCACACGGUCCAAGUGGACGUAGACGGCCUGACGGUACUCCAGCCGGUAUGAGCUCCUUAUGGAAGGACUUUAUUCAUACGCUACAUGACAUAAUCGUGCAAGGGCGUGUCGUGGUUGAA